AGGUCUUUGUGCCCCGUGGCAGCUCCCUGCUGUGGGCAGGAUACUGUUGGGUCCCUUAUCAGCACUGGCAGCCCGGUUGGCACGCAGGGACCCGCCUGCUGUGGGGUCCUGAGGGACACGGGGAUGCUCAGCCCCCUCCUGCCUGCCUGGGCUGGGGAUGGGGGUCCCAGGGCCACCCUCGCGCCUCCCCCUGCCCCGCUGCUGCCCGGCCGCCGCCUGCUUCAGCGCUUGCCGCGGCAGCUGCGUCGCUCCGCGCCGAAGCCGUGUGUCCCCCCUGCCCUGCUGCACGCCUGUCCCACCCAGGUUGGAUUUUGAGGGCCUGGAAGGUGGCGAGGAUGGCGCGCUGGAGAAGCUGCGCGCCUGGAGCAGGUCCAUCGAGGAUCUGCAGCACCCCAGCGCCCUGCCCGCCCCCUUCGCCAGCAACCUGGCUCGCUCUGCCCGCCAGACCGCCCUACGUUACGGCACGCUGCCGAGCCGCAGGGCGCUGAAGAACUCGCGCCUGGUGAGCCAGAAGGACGACGUCCACCUCUGCAUCAUGUGUCUCCGAGCCAUCAUGAACUACCAGUACGGCUUCAACCUGGUCAUGUCCCAUCCCCACGCUGUCAACGAGAUCGCCCUGAGCCUCAAUAACAAGAACCCGAGGACGAAGGCACUGGUGCUGGAGCUGCUGGCGGCCGUCUGCCUGGUGCGGGGCGGCCACGAGAUCAUCCUGGCUGCCUUCGACAACUUCAAGGAGGUCUGCAAGGAGAAGCACCGCUUCGAGCGGCUGAUGGACUAUUUCCGCAACGAGGACAGCAGCAUCGACUUCAUGGUCGCCUGCAUGCAGUUCAUCAACAUCGUGGUUCACUCGGUGGAGGACAUGAACUUCCGUGUCCAUCUCCAGUAUGAGUUCACCAAACUGGGGCUGGAAGAGUUCCUACAGAAGUCGAGGCACACGGAGAGCGAGAAGCUGCAGGUGCAGAUCCAGGCGUACCUGGACAAUGUCUUCGAUGUGGGGGGGCUGCUGGAGGAUGCUGAGACCAAGAACGUGGCCCUGGAGAAGGUGGAGGAGCUGGAGGAGCAUCUGUCCCACCUGACGGAGAAGCUGCUGGACCUGGAGAACGAGAACAUGAUGCGGGUGGCGGAGCUGGAGAAGCAGCUGCUGCAGCGGGAGAAGGAGCUGGAGGUGGUGAAGGAGACCUACGAGCACACGAGCCAUCAGGUCCACACGCUGCGGCGAAUGAUCAAGGAGAAGGAUGAGGCUUUCCGGCAGCGCUACGGCUCCGAGCCGCCCCCUGUGCCAGGCAGCGAGCCCCCUCCCCAGCCCGAGCCCCCGGAGGAGGCCCUGCGGCUCCCGGUCCUGCCCCCCAUGGAGGCAGGCAAGUGCCCCCCAGCCCCACCGCUGCCUGGGGCUUCGCCCUCCAUCGCCCUCACUGUGGGGCUCUCAGCUAUCCGGAUCAAGAAGCCCAUCAAGACCAAGUUCCGACUGCCCGUCUUCAACUGGACGGCGCUGAAGCCCAACCAGAUCAGCGGGACAGUGUUCAGCGAGCUGGAUGAUGAGCGAGUGCUGGAGGACCUGGACCUGGAGCACUUUGAGGAGCUCUUCAAGACCAAGGCACAGGGUCCGGCCCUUGACCUCGUCUGCGCCAAGAACAAGGGGUCUCAGAAGGUGGCCAGCAAGGUGACGCUGCUGGAGGCCAACCGGGCCAAGAACCUGGCCAUCACCCUGCGCAAGGCCGGUCGCAGCGCCGAGGAGAUCUGCAGGGCCAUCCACACGUUCGACCUGGCGACGUUGCCGGUGGAUUUCGUGGAGUGCCUGAUGCGGUUCCUGCCGACGGAGGCGGAGGCGAAGGCGCUGCGUCAGUACGAGCGGGAGCGCAAGCCCCUGGAGGAGCUGGCGGACGAGGACCGCUUCAUGCUGCAGUUCAGCAAGGUGGAGCGGCUGCCCCAGCGCAUGGCCAUCAUGGCCUUCCUCGGCAACUUCGCCGAAAACCUCCAGAUGCUGACACCGCAGCUCAAUGCCAUCAUCGCAGCCUCGGCCUCUGUCAAGUCUUCCCAGAAGCUGAAGCGCAUGUUGGAGAUCAUCUUGGCACUGGGCAACUACAUGAACAGCAGCAAACGUGGCGCUGUCUAUGGCUUCAAACUGCAGAGCCUGGACCUGCUCCUGGACACCAAGUCGACGGACAGAAAGAUGACGCUGCUGCAUUUCAUCGCGCUGACGGUGCGGGAGAAGUACCCCGAGCUGGCAACCUUCUGGCAGGAGCUGCACUUCGUGGAGAAAGCAGCGGCAGUGUCCCUGGAGAACGUGCUGCUGGAUGUGAAGGAGCUGGGCCGGGGGAUGGAGCUGCUGCGGCGGGAGUGCGGGCUGCACGAGAGCGGCGUCCUGCGCGCCUUCCUGGCGGGCAGCGAGGGGAAGCUGGAGCGGCUGCAGAAGGACGCGCGGACGGCUGAGGACGCCUACAACACCGUGGUGCGGUAUUUCGGCGAGAGCCCCAAGACCACCCCCCCGUCUGUCUUCUUCCCGGUCUUUGUCCGGUUCAUCCGCUCCUACAAGGACGCAGAGCAGGAGAACGAGACGCGGAAGAAGCAGGAGGAGGUGAUGCGGGAAAAGCUGCUGGCGCAGGAGGCAAAGAAGCAGGAGAAGGUGGGCACAGGGCCCAUCCCCGCAGUGUCCCUGGAGAACGUGCUGCUGGAUGUGAAGGAGCUGGGCCGGGGGAUGGAGCUGCUGCGGCGGGAGUGCGGGCUGCACGAGAGCGGCGUCCUGCGCGCCUUCCUGGCGGGCAGCGAGGGGAAGCUGGAGCGGCUGCAGAAGGACGCGCGGACGGCUGAGGACGCCUACAACACCGUGGUGCGGUAUUUCGGCGAAAGCCCCAAGACCACGCCCCCGUCCGUCUUCUUCCCGGUUUUUGUCCGGUUCAUCCGCUCCUACAAGGACGCAGAGCAGGAGAACGAGACGCGGAAGAAGCAGGAGGAGGUGAUGCGGGAAAAGCUGCUGGCGCAGGAGGCAAAGAAGCAGGAGAAGCAGCGGAACAAGUGGCAGCAGCAGGAGCUGAUUGCGGAGCUGCGGCGGCGCCAAGCCAAGGACCAUCGCCCCGUCUACGAGGGCAAGGACGGCACCAUCGAGGACAUCAUCACCGCGCUGAAGAGCGUCCCCUUCACGGCCCGCACCGCCAAGCGGGGCUCGCGCUUCUUCUGCGACCCGUCCCACCACGACGAGUCCAACUGUUAGCCCCCAGCCCGCAGGUGGAUCCGCCUGUAGCCGAGUGAGGGUCCAAAGGGGAGGCUGUCCUGCCCCCGGCGCUGUGCAGGGACAUCCCGGACCACCGUCCUUGCAGGUGGCAUCCCCAUCCCCCCCCAGCCGGGGC